AUGGGCGAGGCGAGCGGCGAGGUCGCCGUUCCUAUUGUGGUCGAGGCAAGCGGCCCCGGCAACACCACCGCCGGUCACCGCCCCCGCCCCUGCCGGUUGCUUCCGCUGCCGGCCCACGCCCCGGCCCCCGCGCCCGCCGUCGCCUCCGCCGUCGCCCGCCACCACCUGGUCCAAAGACCUAGAAAAACGCCCGCCGCCACCUGGUCGGAAGCAACCACGAGCAUACACCAAAACGCCACAAAAUCCUCUUCUUAUCGUGCUUACAUCGUGCUCGUCCAGCCACCACCCUCGAAUGCAGGCGAAGACGCACACCGCCAAUGGCACGAGUCUUUCUUGUCGAGCUCGUUGGCAGGUGACUCUAUCGAGUCACGCCUUCUCUACUCUUACACCGAGCUGUUCAACGGCUUCGCCGUGAGGCUCACCGAUGCCGAACUCGACAUGGUGUCCAAGAAGCCAGGGUUUGUGCGUGCAUUCCCGGACCAAACGCUACAGCUAAUGACCACCCACACGCCAGAGUUCCUUGGGCUAAGGAAUGGCACCGGGUUCUGGAGCCAGGCUGACUAUGGGAAGGGAGUCAUCAUUGAGCUGCUUGACAACGACAUCUAUGCAGCGCACGCUUCCUUCAACGACCACGGUGUUCCACCACCCCCUGCAAGGUGGAAGGGCUCGUGCGAUGCGGCCCAGUGCAACAACAAGCUUAUCAGUGCCAAGUCACUGAUUGCGGGCACCGCAGCUGGAAUUGCCCCGAGCGCCCACAUUGCCAUGUAUAAGGUAUGUGUUGCUCGUGACUGCAAGUCAUCUGCCCUACUGGCUGGCCCAGAAGAGGCCAUCAAGGAUGGGGUGGACGUACUCUCGCUCUCCCUUGGUAGCAGCACACGCGCACGCUUUGAUCAAGACCCCAUAUCUAUUGGCGCGUUCAGUGCCGUGUCCAAUGGCAUCCUUGUGGUGUGUGCCGCUGGCAACAGCGGUCCGACUCAGCGCUCCGUCACCAACGAAGCACCCUGGUUGCUCACGGUUGCCGCCGGCUCCGUGGACCGGAGCUUCAGCGCCAACAUCCAUCUCGGCAAUGGCAAGAGCAUUGACAGAGAAGCACUUACCCAAAUAGCGAAUCCAAGCUCAAAGUUUCACUCUCUCCUCUACUCCGAUGAAUGGCGGUACUGCAAUUAUGACUAUGAUAGUAGCAUAACUGGUAAGAUCCUCAUUUGCAAGGACAACAAGUCAAGGGCUCAAAAGUCCAAAAUUGGCAACAUAGUGGGCGCUGGCAGCUCAAUCUUGGACGAGCAGCGUAGAAAGGCCGGCGUGUACGACACAGGCGCCAGCCAUGUAAACCCGGCGAGAGCCGGUGACCCUGGCUUGGUGUAUGACCUCAGCGUCAUUGACUACGCUGGCUACAUCUGCCGGCUCCUUGGUGACAGCGGCCUAGCAACCAUAGUGCGCAACUCGAGUUUGACCUGUCCGAAGCUGCCCAAGGUCCAGGACGUGCAGCUGAAUUACCCGACGAUAACCGUGCCGCUAACAUCAACGCAGUUCACCGUGAAACGGACUGUGACAAACGUCGGGCCAGCGGAUUCAACAUUCAAGGCAAAAGUGGAUGUGCCGAGGUCUCUGACAGUGCGUGUCGUCUGGAGACGAUGUCGUUCUCUAAAACCGAAGAGAAGAAGACCUUCAGUGUGUCCGUGA